AUGACGACCGAGCUUGCAUUUCUUCCUGUCGGUAUAGGUUCCACAAUAUCUGACCCUUCAACGCCUCCGGGCAAGAUCUGGCACAAUGCACUGCUAGCUGUCUCCCGCCAACCAAAAUUUCAACAAUAUUACUGGGGCUUCCAGGUGAAGCAUCCCGACAUUUUACAGCUCGUUGUCGAAUUCGACUCGAGUGGUCCUCACAGCUCCUUCACGGGAUCCCAAGCCUUCUUCCAGAGCAUAACGUCUCUUCUCAAGGGUCCGCCGGAGUUUUACACAGCUCAUCUAUCUCCUCACCCGUCGCCGGCCUUGAAAUCACCAGCCACCGAAGUCGUCAUGAUCAACAAUCCUUUUCCAGAUUUUAACGAAUCACUUGCACAAUUCGGCGUUAACGUGCUCUCGAAAUCAGAUGGGCAUAUUGACGGGGUAUCGGUCGGACCCAUCGAAGGAGAAUCUCAAGGCGUCAAAAGGGUGUAUCUGCUAGUCGGCUGGGAAACCGUCCAGAAGCAAAAGGACAUGAUGAUCACAGAUAUCUUCAAGGCGAACGUUGGUCUAGUCAAAGAUCACUGUGAGAGCCUAGCAUUAGACUAUGUAGAGUUCAAGUCGAGCUCGAGCUAG